UAGGGGUGCAAAAAGGACUUGUGUGCACAAGCCUCCGCACAAUCACUGGCAGCCAAGCCAACUGACACGCUGGUUCACUAACCACACCCAGGACGGCAGGGCAGGUCCGCAGCCCUGCCAUGAUUUGGUUUGGCACCUGGAGCGACGUGCCAGGGGCCGGAGAUGGCUUCCGAAGUCAGGGCUUUGGAAGAGCUGCACAGCGAGUUAACUUGCUCGGUUUGUUUGGAUCUUUUCCGCGAACCCGUGAUACUGGAGUGCGGACACCACUUCUGCCGUGUCUGCAUAACUCGGUGCUGGGACGCCAAGCCCGAUGAGAGCCCCACUUGUCCGCAGUGUAGGAAAACGUGCACCUCGAACCUCCGGCCCAAUUCGCUGCUGUGCAAUGUGGUGGAGAGCGUCAGACGGGCCAGGGCGAUGGAUACGCGUCCGAGGGUGCAGUCUGUGCCUCAGGGAGACGUGGUCCACAAACCGCCGGGAGCCGCUUCUGGGAGCGAUGGAGGGCGUGAAUAUUGCCAGGAACAUGAGGAGAAGCUUAAACUUUUCUGCGAAGACGAUCAAGUCGCAAUCUGCCUGGUAUGCGGCAUGUCCAGGGACCACAGGAUGCACAAUGUGAUACCGAUAAGCGAGGCGUUUGAGAACUACAAGGAGCAGCUGACCGUGGCACUGCAGAGGGUCCAUCUGCAGAUGGAGCAGGCGGAGCGUUUCCAGGCGCAGACCAACCAGACCAUAGUGGCGGUGAAGGAGCAGACAGCCGCCCUGGAGGAUCAGAUUGCACAGGAGUUCCGGCAGCUGCGUGAAUUCCUGGACCACGAGGAAGAGGACGUGAAGGGCCGCCUACAGCGCGAGAAGGAGCACAGGAUGCAGCGGCUGGCCGAAUCCUUGGCGCACGCCGCCGGACAGCUCAGCUCGCUUCAGGCUGCAGAGGAGCAGCUGCACCGCAAACUGCAGCAGGAGGAGAAUCCUGCUCUACUGAGGGGUAUGAGGGAUUUCAUUCUUAGGUCGGAGCCUGUCUUCCACCCCCCCAAGGAGCUGUCUGUUGACCUGCAGCCCGGGGAGUUUGUGGGGCCGCUGCAGUACAGGGUUUGGAGGAAGAUGCGCUCCAUCUUGCAUCCAGAUACGAAGGCGGUGACCCUGGACCCAGACACCGCUUACCCGCGUCUGAUGGUGUCCGCCUGCCGCACCCGCGUAAGCGUAGGCGAGAUCCAGCCGAAUCUCCCCGACAAUCCGGAGAGGUUCACCCGCUACAACAUCGUGCUGGGCUCCGAAGGCUUCGUCUCCGGGAGGCACUACUGGGAGGUGGAGGUCGGGGAGAAGACAGCCUGGGGCCUGGGGGUGGCCGCCGAGUCCGUCAACCGGAAGGAGGAGAUCAACCUGUGCCCCGAGGACGGCUUCUGGACGCUGGUGCUCCGCAACGGGGACGAGUACGAGGCCUGCACCUCCAUGGAGAACCUGCUCAGGCUGCCCAGGCAGCCUCAGAGCAUCGGCAUCUACCUGGACUACCCCCGUGGACUGGUCUCCUUCUACGAUGCCAGAGACAUGAGCCAUAUCUUCACCUUUACAGACACCUUCAAGGAAAAGGUGUACCCCUACUUUAACCCCUGGCCAAUCAUGAAUGGGAGAAACAGGGAGCCGCUGGUUAUAGUCACCCUGCCACCUUAACAUAGAGUCCCGCGUGGAGAAGCAAAGGGGCAGCCAGACCAGUGAGUAAGAGAAACAGCUCCACAGACCCGCGGCAGUAUGGAGAACUCGAGGCUCGCAGAUGUCUACUCUACUACGCCCCCUGGUGGACCUUUUUUUCCCCUCAGAAAAUCACAAAUCUUUCGAUUUUCAGAUUGCUUUAUUUAGUGGUUCUGUGUGUCAAUGUGUGAUUAAUUUACUGGGCCAGAAACAACAGCCGAGUGUCGUCCUUAACCUCUGGCUUUAUAAGCUGUAUUCUGUUUUUUCCCCCAACAUUUUGUUAUUUUCUUUGACCUCGUAUUUCGCAAAAAUUCUAAAAUGUUGUAUUCUGUCUACUUUAUAGGAUGAAUAGACACCGGUCUCUUGUUUUCCUUUUCGAUGUCUGGCCUCUGUAACUGAUAAUUGGGGGUUAAGUGGGUGAUGCUUUGGUGGUCACUACAAUAUAAAACAAAUUAAAACACACACACACAUAAUAUAUGUAAAUACCUUGGUGAAAAUGUGUAUGAAUGCGGCCCUCUGCAGCCAUUGAACUAAGCAUGGGACAUUUGUGGUCAAUCUUCUUAAUUCUUCCAUCUCUGUAUCCGCUAUUAGGGAGACCUUGGAAAUAGUGACAGGGAAACAAAUUCAACGUCUUAAAACGUUUCUGUUUCCACGUGUUACUACUGCAGCUCUUCUGACACCUAGUGGAAAUAUGAUACAUUGCAGCCUGUUCCUGGUCAGCGGAAGCUGUCUGUCUUGCCCAGUAGUAAAGAUCUAUGAGUUAAUAAACAAUGACUUUGCA